AUGGAUCAACCUUCCUCCCAAAAGUCUUGUGUUGAUGCUGAGUGGGCAGAGCAGAGGACUCGAGAUGCCUUGAAAGGCUUCACAUACUUCGGGACGUUCGACGAACUACUGGCUUGGACACCAGACGACGCCGACGCCCUGCAGAAGUCCAACACUCCGCUCCUCCAGCGAGCAGAAUCGGACAGCGAUCAUGGCGCCAAAGUGAUGCUCAUACAUGACUACCAAGGCGGAUACAACGACUAUGAAUCCUGUCAGGGCCAGGUUGUGCCCAAGGAACAAUACUCUUGCAAUCACCUCCAAUUCGUGGAGACGUUCGUGUAUUUCUCUCAUCGUCUUGUGUCUGUCCCGCCUCCUACUUGGACGAAUACGUGCCAUCGCAAUGGUGUCAUUGUACUCGGGACUUUCAUCGUCGAGCCUGGAUCUAAUGAUGUUGAAUACAUAUUGCAGCAGGACGAGUCCGGCUCGUUUUGGGUCGCUCGGAAGCUCGCCAAUAUGGCCAAAUGUUAUGGCUUCGAUGGCUGGCUGAUUAACAUUGAAACUCCCUUCCCGCUGCUAUCCUGGAGUGCGGCAAAGCUGGAAGGCUUCCUGCGGCAGUUGAGAGAUGAGCUCGGCGUGAACAGCAAGGUAGUGUGGUACGAUGCACUCACGACGCUCAACUUCAUCUGGUAUCAGAACACAUUGAACUACAUGAAUCUACAGUUCGCCAUCGCGGCAGGCUCUAUGCUUACUAACUACAAAUGGGAUCCAGAGCUGGCUCAGAGCGGCAAAGCUCGUGCCUUGGAAAGCGAUUUGGGUCUUGAUAACUUGUACUUUGGCAUCGAUGUCUGGGCACAGAAUUAUCAGCAAGACAGGAAGCACAGGCGCGUUACGUGGCCUAGGCUCUUCGGUGGUGGCACAGGCACUGGCCUCGGCGUGCAGGUCCUCCAGGAGCUGGGUCUGAACGCUGGCCUCUUCGCGCCGGGUUGGUCGUAUGAGCAUUUCAGCGACCACAACUCUGCGGUGGAAGGAGCAAUAUGGAAGGGCACUCCGCUGCCGGAGGACCUGGCCUGCGACUGCGACCCGCAAAGACCACACGAUACGGCGCCAUAUCAGCAACAUGGAGUAGUUGAGUAUGCGAAAGCUUUCCCAGCUGGAUCUUCCACUUUCUUCCACACCAACUUCGAGCGCGCUUUUUCGCGAAACGAUGACGGAGUCGUAAAUGCCUUUCUAGGCUUUCAAAAUAUUCAGCCAUUCGAGACCGAAUCUCGUCCUCAUGCUGCGCAACUUCAAGCAAAAGUCCAUGACUCUCCCUCGAGAUGCGUUCUGUCCAUUGCGCCUCUCAGCCAAGGCGCCAUGUCACGCUCGCGAAUUCAGCUUGCGAAAAUGGCAGUGGCUGCUCUCGAGCCACUGAAGCUUACGAUGAGAUACCGUAUCUUGCAUUACGCUCACCGCGAUCUCUGGCUCCAGGCCGACUUCCAAGAUAGCUAUGGCCAACGACAGUCGAGGCGUGAAGCACUUGUCGUGACCGACAAACAGCUCGCGAGGCUAGAGUGGACACUCGACAUCAACGCUUCCGAAAUGGGGCCCAUCGCACAGACAGAGCAACCAAUUUUCCUCGAAAGCCUGUUCAUCUGCUUUGAGUUCGACCAGAACUCUUCGUCACUUGAGGCGGCAAAGUCUGAUAUUCUUGAGAUAUAUUCCAUCACAGUUCUAACAAAGUCCGCCAAGAGGCCUCGUUGUGACAUUUCCGAUCUCGGUCUGGAGAAGCGAGGGACUGGCAUGAAUCGUCACUCGAGGCUACAUUGGAAGAUCAGUUCAGACCCUGGACAGAGUCACGAUGACACCGCUAUGCCAUAUAGUCCUAUCACAGGACCUUGCGCCCAUUUCAGAAUUUCUGCUGAUGGAAAGGAGUUGGGAAGGGCUUAUGCGUUGGAAUUCGUUCUUCCACCAAGCACUGAGAGAAACGGGGCGGAUAUGGUGCGAGAGAUCAAGAUCGCCGGCAUAGGCUUUGAUAGGCAGGUCCUGUGUGAGGCGACGAUCAUUCUUGCUGAGCCUGACGAUGGCAUUCAGGAGGAGGCAGCCGGAUGGGUCUUGGUUGAACAGGCUUUUCUCGGGAAGAGCAGCGACAGACUCUCGUGCGUCGAGAAAGAGUAG